AUUUAUUUCCAUUAGGCCACGUCAUAUGAAGCUGGGGAUGGGGUGGUGUAAACCGAACCGACUUAACAAACUUUUCUCCCUUUUGUGGAAGAAGCUGAUGACGUAACACACCGAAUAUGUCCUCUUCAUCCUUCAUAAAGCAGAUUCGUCCAUAGAAAGCUGCAAGUAUUUUAAGAACGAGAAUACAGCGCUGAGUGGAACGGCAUUACUUCAUUUCUUGGCUGUCAGUCGAGUAGACUUUGCUUCUCUUGUGCAGUCAGACAGACGAGAUGGCAAAUCGUGGACCAUCUUACGGGCUUUCGGCGCAGGUUGCUAACAAGCUUGCCGGAAAACGAGACGCUGCCCUCGAAGCAGACAUUCUCCAAUGGAUACAGGCGUGUCUAGGGGAGAGAUUGCCAGCUGGACACUUUGAAGAUAUUCUUCGAAAUGGAAUCAUUCUUUGCAAAUUGAUGAACAAAAUAAAGCCCGGAAGUAUCCCUAAAUAUAACACUUCUGGUGGGCAGUUUAAGUUAAUGGAAAACUUGAACAAGUUCCAAGAAGCCGUCAAAAAAUUCGGUGUUUCUGAAGUCGAUCUCUUCCAGACGGUUGAUUUAUGGGAGAAGAGGAAUAUACCCCAGGUCGCUCAGUGCUUGUCCGCUCUUGGUCGAGAAUGUCAACGACACCCAGAAUGGCACGGGCCUUGUAUUGGUCCCAAACCUGCGGAGCAAAACAAGCGCGAUUUCACAAAGGAACAAUUACGUGCUAGCGAAGGUAUCAUCCAUUUACAGUACGGUACAAACAAGGGAGCUAAUGCAAGUGGCUUAAACUUCGGAAACACAAGGCACAUGUGAGUUCCGUCCACAUGUCUGUUCAUCAUCAAUCUAUCUUCAUGGGUCUGGAACAAAGCAUUAUUGUCAUUUAACCAGAUGCGACAUCAGUGUCGCUUGGCCAAGUUUUAAAGUACUCACCGCACUGUGUGCAGAGCUUUGUCUUAUAGGAACAAAUUGUACACAUUAUUUGUUCAUCCAAUUUUCUUUCACAUUGAUAAUGAGGUGUUCUAAUUCAUCAAGUUUAUAAUAAAAAAGUGAAAAAAAUUAUAGAAAAACAUUUUAAGAAAUGCAGAAAGAACAAGGAAACGUUUUAUUUAUGACUAAAGUAACUAUGUUCGGAAGAAUUACAAAAUACCAAGCUGAUAAAUUAUUCAACAGAGUUUGUACAGAUAAUAUAUUUCGAGAAAUAAAGUUGUAUUCACAA